AUGCCAGCUCAGAGAACAGAGUCAGGUCCAUCCACCGCCGAUGUGUUUAUUAUCGAGCCAAAUAACACUGAAGCGGUUCCCGCGCUGCUAGAACAAAUCAAAAAAGAUUUUGACGUCUUCAAUGCCAGUAAUCAAGGCCGGAAGGACUUGGUAAUCAAAUGCCGUGCUUUGGUUCAAGCUCUGGAGACUCCCCGAGAGACCAUGCUCUAUCAUUGCUGGGCACAGAAUGGGGAUAACCCACAAAAAGUCGAUGACUUAGCCGCGAACCUUGGUAUCGACAAUGUGCUUCUAAGUCGACUAAUGCGGCACCUCAGUGCCAUGGGUUAUCUCGUCGAGACCGAGGCGAACGAAUACAGACUGACGAAUUACACGAAGGCGAUGGGUAUUCCUGUUAUUGGGAACAGUUACCUAGCUAUGCUAUCUUGCACGAGUGCGGGCCCCAUGAGAUUCCACGAGUUCUCCCGAAAGCGAGGGUGGGUAAAUCCCACGGAUGCCAAAGAUACCGCAAUGAUGUACGCCUAUGGAACAAAAAUGGAUGCGUUCGCCUGGCAACGGUUUCUGGGUUAUGGUACACAUUUUAAUGACCAUAUGGGUAGCUACGACCUUGGUUGCUUGCCUUGGAUGGCCCCUAGUUUCUAUCCAGUGAAACAAAGGCUAAUUGAUGGCGCCGAUACUGACCCGGAAGCUCCAUUUCUUGUCGAUAUUGGCGGUAACGUGGGCCAUGAUUUGGCCCGCUUUCAUAAGUUCUAUCCUAAAGCCCCAGGGAAGCUGAUCCUUCAGGAUCUCCCUGUGGUUAUAGGUCAGAUUGAGGACCUAGACCCGGCUAUUAUCCGUAUGGAGUAUGACUUCCAUAUGGAACAACCUAUUAAAGGCGCCCGGGCAUAUUAUAUGCACACCUGUUUGCACGAUUGGCCGGAUGAUGUGUGCAAUAGCAUCCUCGCACGAGUCAAAGCCGCCAUGAAACGCGGUUAUAGCAGGUUAUUGAUUCACGAGCAUGUCAUACCAGAGACAGGGGCGUACUGGGAAGCCACAGCGAUGGAUAUGGUUAUGUUGACGCUCUUAUCUGCCCAGGAACGCACCCGUGCAGCCUGGUACAACCUCAUCGAAACGAGGGCAGGCCUGAAUAUUAUUAAGAUCUGGAGCGGUGGAAAAGGCGCCCAGAGCUUGAUUGAAUGUGAGCUGCUCAUGGAAUGUAAUUAA